AUGUCUCUCUUCCGAACCAGCUUCCCUUCCACCGGCGACUUCGCCCCUCUCUUCCGUCUCCUAGACGACUAUGACAACCACCGAAGCCAUGGCCAGUCUGCCAUCCGCGGCUUCGCUCCCAAGUUCGACGUCCGUGAAAGCGAAUCAGCCUUCCACUUGGACGGUGAGCUGCCCGGAAUUGCUCAAGAAGACAUCAACAUUGAGUUCACCGACCCACAAACCUUGGUCGUGAAGGGCCGGACCGAGCGCGAAUACCACCACUCCUCGGAGCCGUCCAAGGACCAGUCCAACACCGAACAAGCCGUCGAGACUGCCGACAAGGCUUCCAAGAAUAACAAGUCGGUCGGCCAGCACCGCUACUGGGCCAGCGAGCGCAGUGUCGGAGAAUUCUCGCGGACCUUCUCGUUCCCGAACCGCGUGGACCAGGACCAUGUCAAGGCCAGUCUGAAGAAUGGCAUCCUGUCCAUUCUGGUGCCCAAGGCCACGGCCUCGGCGACCAAGAAGAUUACCAUUGAGUGA